CGGUAAGUUGUCAACUGUCCAUAUAAUGAGUGACUUCUCUAACUCCUUGCAUUCUUUUCAAGAUGCCAUAUUCACCUCAUGCGGUCACCUCUUUUGUAGUAGGGGUUGUACUGGUUUGAAUAGUGGAGAAAGGGGUCGUUGCGACUACUGUGGACAGGAAUGUGAAACAUGUUCACUGUGUGGUCAAGGUUUAGGGCUUCCUGAAGAAACUCGUCGAUAUUUGUUCUCCUCAAUAGAGGAUGAGUUGCAACAGCUUAUCAAUAUCAUUGCUUAUCACAGGCUUCAAAGGGAUAUACAUCUCCAAAACGUGAGGGACAUUAUUCAAAAACAGAACGAACAGGUAAGGAAAGCUGAAGAGGAGGCAAAGGCUGGCAAAAAUGCAUUACGACAAAUGGAACUUUAUCGAGAAGAGAUAACUCGUUUGAAGAAUGAAGUUCAAGUACUUGCCUCAGAAAACCAGGAACUGAAAAAAAGAAGGAUUUAUUCCGAGUCUAGAGCGAAGAGUCCAUCAUUAAGCAAUUAUUCCAUGCUUCCUCGCAGCACAGAACACACCUCCCGGACAGCAACUUGUAUUAGUCCGAUCUAUCGACCGAUGACAAAUGGUAUCCACUUUAUUUGCUACACAAAAGUUUCUUUGCUAAAUGCAGUCGAAAGAAUUUACUUAUAGGAAACUCAAUUCAAACAGCUACAACAGUACAACUCCACGAGCCAAGAGUCCUUUCUCAUUAGACACAGCUAGGCAACUGCGAACAAAAGGAUAUAGUUUACAGCGGCAUUCGGAGGGAAGCAACUUGGUGAGAGAUAUGGCCUCAAAGACUUACAGACCAUCUGCGACUCCUGAUCUUCUCAAAACAGGCUCUGGCUCACGAUCGAACUUUUAU